CGGGCCCUCAGGCCCACAGGGCUCGGGCCCCCAGGCAGGGGGGCGGCCGGACCCCCAGGGGCACUGGGCGGGAAUCGGACCCCAGGACAGCGGGGCGACAGGUCACCGGGCCCCAGGCAUUUGGCUCGAAGCGGCGGGCACCGAGUCACCAGGCACGACAGUGGGCUCCGAGUCAACUGGCAGGACACGGGCACCGCGUCAUCUGGCAAGGCAGUGGGCUCCGAGUCAACUGGUAUGACCGCGGGCACUGGGUCAGACAUUGGAUCGUCUGACUGGACAGCGGGCAUCGGGUCACCAGGCAUCAAGUCAUUUGGCUCGACAGCGAGCACCGCGUCAUCUGGCAAGGCAGUGGGCUCCGAGUCAACAGGCACGACAGUGGGCACCGGGUCAUCAGGUACCGGAUUGUCUGGCUCGACAGCGGGCAUCGGGUCACCAGGCAUCAGGUCAUUUGGCUCGACAGCAAGCACCGCGUCAUCUGGCAAGGCAGUGGGCUCCGAGUCA